UGCAAGCCUCAUAAAUAUACUACAUUUUCAAAGUUUUUCUCUGGUGACCCUAUUUUCAGAGGAAGCAUUGUCAAUGGUGGGGCUUACAGUUCCGAAGUAACGAUCUCCAAAUUCACCCAUGCCUGGCGUCACAUGUAGAUCCUUGUUGAGUGACCUGUCUAUCUCAGAUGUCACUAUUUUCACUCUCGAAAAUUUUUCACAUACUUCACGUAACCCUUGAGGCGCCUGCAAAAGGCCAAAUUAUGGACGUCAGAUCCUUCGCCCAUCUGAAGAAGAAGCUAACUAAGGAGCCCUCGAAGAAGAAGGAGACGGGCGUUCAAAAACCCGUUGACGGUUUUUUCAAGAAGGAUGGGGCCACUCAAGUCCCGGAGGGUGAGGGACCCUCCCAGAAUGCUGUUGCGGGCACCGACGCCGAGGAGCUGAAGAAGAAGAGAGCCGGGAAGGGCACGGUGCUCCCCGAAGGGAAGAAGCAAAGGAAGGGGGCCACCGAGGAGAAAAACGCCCCCGUCGUCAUUGUCGAAGAACACUCCUCCUCCGAGGCCCCGGGUCAAACAGCUGAGAUAUCGUGGCCCCGGGAGAAUGUGCAGUUCUCCAUUCCCAAGGGAACCGCCAUUAUGCACGGCACCCUCAGCCCGAGGGAGUUCCUAAAGGGUGCCAUGCCCCCGACUGACAAGUCGGUGCUUUCGAGGGCCAAGGAUGACGCCCUCAGCGCGAAGGUUCUCCAAGCUUCUGUCACGGCUGCCUUCGGUCUCGGAGAACUGAUGCAGAGGAUGGAGCGAUACCAGCUGCAGAAGUUGCAAGCCGAUGAGGCCCUGACGGAGUCCCGGCGACAGCUCCAGGAGGUCCGAGAGUCCCUCCGGCGGGAGACGGAGGCGUUCAACUCCAUCCUCGAGAAUAACAAAAUAAUCGCCAGGGCCGAGGGCAAGGCCGAUGCUGAGAGGGUUGCAGCCGAAGCCUCCAAGGUUGCUGCGGAGGUAGCCGAGGCCACGAAGAAGGAGGCUGUUGCUCGGGCAGAGAAAGAUGCCAUCGCCGCCUUCGUCGCCGAGGGGUGGAAGGCUGAAGAGCACAAAAAAUGGCUGUCUUCGGUGGUGGAGGCCUCGGUUGAUGAUUGGGUAAAGGACCCCGGGGCUUUAUGGUUGGCCCGCAAGGGCAAAGACUACUAUGAUGGUGGGGAAUUCUUUACCCAGAAGCUUAUCUACCGACGGCUGGCCAGGCACUUCAAUAUUGAACCCCAAGACUUUGAUCCAGCGGCAUAUGGGCUCCCUCCUCUGCAACCAGACGUAAGAGCUCCACUUCCCGAGGGCGUAGAGAGGCCAGACUUGGAGGAUUCCGAGCUCAUGAAAGAGGGUGAGGAUGAUGAAGAGGCCGGAGAAGACGCUGUCUCCAAACCGAGAGGAGAUGCAACCGAAGAACCCCAUGCUUAGAAAUUACCUCAAUUGGCUUUUGGCUUCGGCUAAUUGUAUUGUGAACAAACACUUGUUUUGUAGCAAUCUUUUUUAUGAACGUGUCAUGCCUUCGGGCUUCUUGUAUGAAUGAUAUGCCCUAUUUUUUUUCAAAUUAUUUCUGCCCUCGUUCUUUCCCUUCAUGAACGUGUGCCUACCUUUGUUUGAAU